AUGAAGGGCGCCCUGGGUCGAUGGCUAGCAGGCACGACACGUACCCCAUUCCCAGCGACUAAUGACACCGAGCAUCCGUUUAGCAGCCGCAGCAGCGCCGAAAAUAAUAAUUCUAGCGCUGGCUCUGACCUCGCCGCUGCCGCUGCUCCUACACCAACUUCCUCACGUUCCCUCACCUCGCCGUCACCUUCACCACAACCCGCAACUCCGGACGACCACGACCAAUUUAAUUUCCCCGGUCGCAAUAAUUAUUUCGCUUCCGCAUCCAACGGCGCAUCUGUUUCGGUUUCUACUUGUGCAUCUGCCUCUACCUGUGACUCUGCUGCCCCAUCUCUAUCUCCAUCCGCAUCUGGAUCUGCAUCCCCAUCCCCAUCCCCUCUCCCUCUCUCCCUCUCCGCAUCUAAGCCAAUAGAUAUCGCGAGCAACACCCCAAGGAUUCGAACCUCCAAUUCCGCAUCGCCGUCUCCACGCCAGCAUAACCCGUCCGAAUCACAUUGGUUGCAAGUUAACGUCGACGGCGACCUCGACCUCGAAAUGACAACAGGUCCUGCGCUCGACUCGGCCGUGAGCCGAAGUCGCCAGGAUUCCUUCGUCAGCGCUGGACCAAAGCCCAUCUCCAUGAUCAACCCGAAUCGCGAACAGGCUAAUCGCGGUAGACGGGAGAGUUUGGCCGGUAGUUUGAUGAACGGUAUGAGCUGGGGCGGUGUCUCAGUCGGAAGCUUCAUUAGAGAUGAGUAA